CCAGAAGGUGUCGUCUUUUUCCCAUCGUCUGUCUGCCUGAAGAAAUGGGUUUCUUUAAGACGUGUAGCAGUGUUUUCACGAACAGGAAUCUGUUAACAGCUUCAAGCCUUGUCGCUGUUUUCCUGGGCAUCAUUUUGGGCCUGGUUCUGAAGAAAUUCGUCCCUAUGUCAAGCCUCACCAUCGAGUACCUCGGAUUCCCAGGAGAAAUUUUCAUGCGGGUGCUUCAGAUGGUCUCCAUUCCUCUGAUGGUGACAAGUGUCAUAACAGGAGUCCAUAGUAUGAGUGCUGGCAGCUCCCGGAAAAUCUCCAUCCGAGCAGCAGUAUACUUCAUCUUAACUACGCUGGUGGCCGUGGCGAUAGGAUUAAUACUGGUGCUGUUGGUCAAGCCUGGGGUCGGUCAGAAUGAUCCGAUACGUGAGCUGGAUGAAGAAGAUGAUGGAGCCUUAUCCACAGUCGAGGCCUUGGAGGAUCUUAUCCGGAACAUGGUGCCCACUAAUCUGGUUCAGGCUACCUAUCUUCAGUACAAAACUCGGAAGGUGAUAUUUGAAGUAGCUGAACUAGACGAAGAAUCUGGCAUAGAAACGACAAGGACAGAAGUGCGCCUGAUUGGUGAAAAUAUUGAGGGAAUCAACACUUUGGGCCUGAUCGUCUUGUCUGCUCUUUGUGGACUGGCCCUCCGGAGUCAGGGAGAAAGUGCCAAACUGAUUGUGGACGUUUUCAUCGCGGCCAAGAAGUCACUCAAAGAAGUGGUUGUAUUGGCAAUAAGCUUCAUGCCACUAGGAGUGUUGUCCAUGACCACCAGCUAUGUUGUUGAGGUCGGGGACAACUGGGAGACGGUCUUCAAACUCGUAAAGUUCAUGGCCGCAGUCGUUUUCGGGCUCCUCAUCCACGGAGCAUUAGUCCUGCCUCUCAUCUAUGCCCUGUGUGCCAAACGGAACCCCUUUCCUUUCAUCAAGGGGGUCCUGCCUGCCAUGAUGAGAGCCAUGCUCAUCUCGCGCAGCUCUGCUUUCAGGCUGACCUUUCAAUGCUGUGAAGAAGUCAAUAAAGUGGACAAGAGGAUCACGCGCUUCAUGCUGCCGAUCGGCAUCAAUGCUAACAUGGACGGGACAGCCCUUUAUGAAAUUUCAGCGGCAGUUUUCAUCGCCCAACUCAACUUCAUCAAUCUGAACUGGAGCCAGUUAAUAACCCUCUGUGUGAUAGUAUCAGUGUCCAGUGUGGGAGAAGCAGGUAUCCCAGCUACAGGAAUGGUCACCACUCUCUUCAUUCUGACCGUCAUUGGGAUUCCUGCGAGGGAUGCUUCCCUUCUGCUGGUGUUAGAAUGGCUGCUAGAUCGUGGAAACACUGCUGUUAACGUACUGGGAGACUGCAUCGGCGUGGGCAUUGUCGACCAUUUGUCAAAAAAGGAACUGGAAGAAAUGGACAGACAGGGCCAGAGGAGAGCUUAAAGUCCAGGUUCAUACAAUAAAGAGGAGAGACCCCGGCCACCAAGAGGAUUAAUUAAGUGCCAAGACUUAAUUUUUUCUUAAUUUUUUUUAUUAAAAUGUCAUCAAUUUGCUGUUACAUUGUUUGCGUUUUAAUUUAAGUAAAUGUACUUUUAUAUAAGAUUGUUGCUAAGAAUGUAAGUAUAGUAUUUAGGAAAUGUGCAGCAUAAGCAGGCUGACUUUAAAAUAAUUCUUUGAAUGCAAUGCAGUAUCUCUUUGAACUAUUUAUUUAUUUGA